AUGGCGCUGUUUAGAAGGUUCUUCUACCGGAAGCCGCCGGAUCGACUUCUGGAAAUCACUGAGAGGGUCUAUGUGUUCGAUUGCUGCUUCUCUACUCAAGUGCUUGAUGAGGACGAGUACAAGUCAUACAUGAAUGGGAUUGUACCUCAGCUACAAAGUCACUACCCUGAUGGCGCUUUCAUGGUUUUCAAUUUCAAAGAAGGGGACAGUAGAAGCCUAUUAUCUGAUUUGUUAGCUCAGUAUGAUAUGACAGUCAUGGAUUAUCCUCAGCAGUAUGAAAGGUGUCCACUGUUACCCAUGGAGACAAUAAAUCACUUUUUGCGAUCAAGUGAGAACUGGUUGUCGCUUGAGGGGCAACAUAAUAUUCUUUUAAUGCUUUGUGAAAAAGGAGGAUGGCCUGUGCUUGCAUUUAUGCUAGCUGGCCUUCUUCUUUACAGGAAACAAUAUACUGGUGAGCAGAAGACACUUGAAAUGGUAUACAAACAAGCGCCCAAGGACCUUCUUUCCCUUUUGACUCCUUUGAAUCCACAGCCGUCUCAGCUCAGGUAUCUUCAGUACAUCAGUAAAAGAAGUUCUCCGUUGGAUUGGCCAUCAUCAGAUGCGCCUUUGGCUUUGGAUUGCAUGAUACUUCAAGCCCUUCCUCGAUAUGAAAAUGGACAAGGAUGUCGACCGAUAGUACGAGUAUAUGGUCAUGAUUCUUCUUCCAGAUUGUCCAAUAUAACUACAAAGCUUUUGUUUUCAUCUUCUAACAUGUCAAAAGAUAUACCUUACUUUCAAAAGGAAGAGUGUGAUCUAGUAACAAUAGAUAUCCAUUGCCAUGUUCAAGGAGAUGUUGUCCUUGAGUGCACCCAUUUGGAGGAUGAUCUAGUGAGCGAGAAAAUGAUUUUUCGAAUUAUGUUCCAUACUGAAUUUGUUCGAGCAAAUGUUUUGAUGCUGACACGUAACGAAAUAGAUGUUCUUUGGGAUACAAAGGACCUUAUCUCGAGGGAAUUCACAGCAGAGGUACGCUUCUCAGAUGCAACUUCACUCCUGUCAAUCAUCACCACAGAAGCUGUGAACGAAGCUGACGAAGAUGACAGUGAAACAGAAGUUGCCACUCCUGAAGAAUUUUUUGAGGCAGAUGAGAUCUUUAGCAGUUUCGUUGAUGCGCAGGAUGGUAAGGUUGAUAAAUCUGUGGUUGAUGAAGCUUGGGUUGAUGAAGGUCGUCAUGACAUUCCCUUGAAGGAUGAACUGGAACAACAUGCAUUUCAAGAGUGUACUAUGGAUAAGGCCAGCAGCAUUCAUGGCAGCCCGGAUCCUCUUAGUAACUUGAUGCAGAUUGGGCAAGCCAAACAAGAGUCGAGGUAUGUGUUUUCCGAGGUUGUCACCGAUGCAGAAACCUUGUGCAAGAACGAUGGUAAGCUCAACAAGUUUGAAGAAGAGGAUAAUAAACAAAUAGAAGCAGUGCGCUUGAUGAUGAAAAGUGAAAAGGAAGGUUCAAAUGAGAAAUUAGGUGUUGAUAAUAAUGAGCACAUGGGCCUUUCAAUUGCCCAUAUGAAACAGCCGGUGCACAGAUCAAGAUCUGAUCCAGAUGCAGUUGUUACCAGUAAGAAAAGUAAGAAGCAAGAUUCACCGAUAGCCAGAAUAGCUAAGCCAAAUGCUGUAACGAGGUGGAUACCUUCUAACAAAGGUUCUUACAUGAAUUCAAUGCAUGUACAUUAUCCUCGGUCAAGACAUAACAGUGCUCCAGAAUUAUUAGCUCUUUGCAAGGAUUCUGUAUCUGGAGGGAAAAAAAAGCCCCAAUCUGCUCCUGCAUCCCACACUGCUUCUCCAUUAUUUCCGGAUUUAUCAGUAGCCGUAGCCAAAACGGCUCGUGCCCCAACUUCUCCCUCUAAAGCACAAGUCAUACAAGAGCCCAAUGAACUUAGUCUAGUAGAGCUGCACACCAAACAUACUUCUUCAUCUUCCAUCUACAAUUCUGCAUUGGAAGCACCUUCAUCACAAUCAUUAUCAGAAAAACCUGCUUCACCAUUUACAUCAAUUACUCAUGACGAAGAACUAAGCUUGUCGCUUCUGCCUCCACCUCCACCCCCACCCCCACCUCCACUUAUAGCUCUGUCUAUAUCUCCAUCCCCACCAGUGCCCCAGUCUCAACCCACGACCACACCUAUUCAUGUGCCUCCCCCUCCCCCUCCAUCCAAGCUUACAACCAUUCCUCCACCUGUGCCUCCCCCUCCGCCUCCAUCUCAGCCCACUCCCAUUCCCACAACUUCGCCUCCAUCUCAGCCAAUUUCCACCCCCGCACCCCCGCCUCCGCCUCUUCCAUCUACUCACACAGUUACUUAUUCAUUGCCACCACCAGCGCCACCUGCACAUGCAUCACCUCCAUCAUUCCAGAAUGCAACUUUUCAAGUAUUAUCUUCGUCUACCACCCCUGGGCCUUCAACUCCCUCACCAUUGUUUGUGGAUUCUAACUUAGCUAUCAAUUUGCAAGGAAACCUAAUUCCUCCUCAAAUACCCAUACCUCCUACCUCGUCUAGUGUGGAGAAUACCAGUACGGUUAUCCCACCACCCCCUCCACCUCCACCACCCCCUUGGUGUACUGUUGUUCUAGUAUUAGCAAAUUCUUCAACUCCAGGUCAAUUUCCAUUUACUUUUCACUCUGCUUAUCCGUCACUACCUCCUAAUCAGGGCGUUUAUUAUUUCCCUCAAUCUCUAUCUCAACUGACUGGUGCUCCACAACCAACAUCAAUACCUCCCGGUCUUCCAGGAUUUCCACAUCCCCUUGCUUUAUUUGGAACACCUACUCAACCUUUUCCGUCUCCUUCUCCUGCAAGUGGUGCUACACUAAUUCAGCCUCCACCUCCCGCUAAUGAUCCUUCUCCACCAAUCCCACCAUCUAUUGUUUCUAAAGCAGCACCUCCUCCUCCACCACCACCUCCUCCUCCACCGCCAACCUCUUCCGCUGCUGAAACAUUACCUCCUUCAACAUCAUGUGCUCCACCACCCCCACCGCCGCCCCCACCGACUCCUCCUUGUGCUACUGCACCUCCCCCACCCCCUCCACCUAUUGGAGGAGCACCACCUCCCCCGCCCCCUCCACCUUUUGGAGGAGCGCCCCCUCCACCACCACCUCCGCCUGGAGGAGCACCACCUCCACCACCACCUCCACCUUUUGGAGGAGCACCACCUCCACCUCCACCUCCUCCUGGAGGAGCACCACCUCCACCUCCACCUCCUCCUGGAGGAGCACCACCUCCACCACCACCUCCGCCUGGAGGAGGAGCACCACCAUCACCCCCUCCGCCCGGAGGAGCUCCGCCUCCACCACCUCUUCCUGGGGGUGGCCCUCCUCCUCCCCCUCCACCAAUGGGAGGAGGCCCACGUCCACCACCUCCUCCUGGUGGUGGUCCACCCGGCCCACCACCGCCACCAGGUGCACCAGGAGGAGGAGGUCCACCACCGCCACCAGGUCCACGAGGAGGUCCACCGCCCCCACCUGGAGGAGGUAGAGGAAUGGGUGCUGGUAGAGGGCAGGCACGCCCCGUAGUGAAAAAAUCCAAUUUAAAGCCACUUCACUGGAGCAAGGUGAGCCGGGCACUAAAAGGAAGCUUGUGGGAAGAAUUACAAAAACAAGGAACCCCUCAAGUUGCACCAGAAUUUGAUGCGUCCGAACUUGAGACUCUUUUCUGUGCAACAGCCCCGGCAAAAGAUAAAGGCAAAGGUGGGGGCAAGAAGGUUGCUGAAGCUAAGCCUACCAAAAUCCAGCUGAUUGACCUAAAGAGGGCCUAUAAUGUUGAAAUCAUGCUUACAAAAGUGAAAAUGCCACUUCCUGACAUGAUGGCCGCGGCACUUGCUCUGGAUGACACAAUUCUGGAUGCUGAUCAAGUAGAAAAUCUAAUAAAAUUUUGUCCAAAAAAGGAGGAGAUGGAGCUUCUCAAGACGUACACAGGUGAUCCAGAGAUGUUGGGAAAGUGUGAACAGUUUUUCCUAGAGCUGAUGAAGGCACCACGAGUGGAGACUAAAUUGAAGGUUUUCCUUUUCAAGAUUCAAUUCAACUCUCAGCUUUCUGAUUUCAAAAAAAGCUUGGUUAUUGUACACUCUGCCUGUGAAGAGGUCCGUAACUCCACCAAAUUGAGAGAAAUCUUGCAGAAAAUAUUAGUUCUUGGAAAUACAUUGAAUGAGGGAACUGCUAAAGGUGCUGCUGUCGGAUACAAACUGGAUAGUCUUUUGAAACUGACGGAUACACGGUCAACCACUUGCAGGAUGACACUUAUGCAUUAUCUUUGUAAGGCACUUGGCGCGAAGAAUCCAGAUCUUCUAGACUUUUACAAAGAUCUUCCUAACCUGGAAGCUUCCACCAAGAUUCAACUAAAGUCAUUGGCAGAUGAAAUGACAUCUAUCUCCAAGGGUUUAGAGAAGGUGAAGCAGGAAAUGGAUGCUUCGGAACAUGAUGGUCCUGUCUCCGAAAUUUUUCACAGGACGUUGAAGGAAUUUGUUGGUACUGCUGAAAGUGAAGUGACUGCUGUAAUGAAUACAUAUUCUCUUGCGGGUAAAAAUGCUGAAGCAGUGGCUACAUACUUUGGUGAAGAUCCUAACCGAACCCCUCUCGAGCAAGUUACUGCAACCCUCUCAAACUUCGUGAAGCUAUUCCAAACAGCCUGCGAUGAAAACAUCAAGCAGGCUGAAGCAGACAAGAAGAAGGCUCAAAAGGAGGCUGAAGCUGCAGAGAACGCGGCCAAGAAUUAAAUAUGAACAAAGAAAGUAAGAGAAACAUUGGAGACAGCCACUGCUGGAUCAACCAGCAAUGCGCAUCCGGAAAAAAAAAGAAGCCGGAAGGGCGCUGUUGAGGCUUUGCAAAACCUCAAGGUCUGCAAAUGGAGCAGUUACGAGAGUGCCAGCGGCUCUUUCCUGGCUGCUUUAGAUGACGCAGGCAGCUGAUACGCUAGUCUCGGGGCUGUACUUAAUGGAGAAGGGCUUAUUCACAAACCAAGUCAUCAGAGGCAGGGGCCAGAGCUGGGGGAGGCUCGAGCACCCCCAGCAACAUUUUUCUAAAUUUAUUUAUUUUCGGAAAAUUUUGGCUUCAACACAUAAGCAGCUGGAAUUUUUCGACUUUAGCUCCCUCCAAGCUCUAUAUAAAUAUGGUCCUGCUUCUGAUCAGAGGUAUGUUCGGUCGGCCCACUCAUCUAUCUCCGAGAUAAAUGUUCAGCACAGGUGGAAUUGAUCGGGGGUGCUCGAGCUCUCGUGUCCAUGUCCGACAUCAGCUACGCGAGGACAUCCUGGAACUAUAAUGAAGAUUGCUGAUACGAAAAUGCUUCAUGUACAGAGAGCACUAACCAUCUAGUUAGAGAUUAACACUGAUUCUUUGCUGUAGCAUAGAAAAUGGCUGGGUUCCUCCUUGUAGAGGGAAGAGAACCUUCCAAGAAAUUUUGUUGUACAGCAGUUAGUUGAUAUAGAAAAUAGGCUGUGUUAGUCAAAUAUAGAUAUAGUAACCUUUUUUACAGGAAGUUUUAGAAUACAUGAUUCAUUCAUUAAUGAAAAAGCAUUCGUUUUAUUGCGUUUUUA